AUGACGAAGACAAUCGUAGUUCUCGGUGGUGCCUACGCAGGCGUCGGCGUCGCACACAGACUCCUAAAAUACACAAAACCUCAAGUCAAGGACCUCAAAGUUAUUCUCGUUUCCAAGAAUAGUCACUUUUUCUGGAACUUAGCUUCAGUACGUGCGAUCGUCCCGGGCGUGCUCAGCGAGGAGCAGUACAGCCAGCCCAUCGAGAAGGGCUUCGCCAAGUACCCGGCAGACUCUUUCGAGUUCAUCGUCGGCAGCGCGGAGGAUGUCGACGUCACUGCGAAGACAGUCAAGAUAUCGACGACAAACGAUGGCGGCGAGCGCGUGUUAAGCUACGACCACCUCGUCCUGGCGACGGGCACCCGCGCCGUCGACAACUCGGUGCCCUGGAAGAGCAACGGCACGUAUGAGGAGGUCUCGGCCGUCAUCGCCAACAUCCAGGACAAGGUCAAGACAGCGAAGCACAUCGUGAUCGCCGGCGCGGGCGCCACCGGCGUCGAGGCCGCCGCCGAGCUCGCCUUCGAGUACGGCAAGCAGAAGGAGGUCGUCCUCUUAUCCGGCUCCGCCGAGCUCCUGGACGGCGACUCCCUCUCCUCCAACGUCGCGGGCGAGCUCAAGAAGCUGGGCGUGCAAGUCCAAAAAUCGGCGCGCGUCGAGAGCACCCACGAGCUCCCCGACGGCAAGACCGAGGUCGUCCUCAAGAGCGGCGACAAGAUCGUCACCGACCUGUACCUCCCCACCAUGGGCAUGGCCCCCAACACCGAGUACCUCCCCGCGAACCUGCUGACGGACCGCAAGUUCGUCGACGUCGACGAGUUCUACGCCGUCAAGAACGCCACGGAUGUCUGGGCCGCGGGCGACGUCGUGUGGAAGCCUCGGGGCAGCUUCGUGGUCUCGGACAAGCAGGCCGCCGGCAUUGCCAAGAACAUCGACCUCGUCCUCAAGGGCAAGGCCCCCACCGUCGUCAAGACGCUGCCCAUGGACGUCCUGAUGGUGGCCACGGGUCGCAGCCGUGGUGUGGGUCGUAUGGGCCCCGUCAAGGUCUUCUCCCUCAUGGUGUACCUCAUCAAGGGCAAGACGCUCGGCGUGCAGUCGCUCCCCGGCUAUGUUGAUGGGAGUGCUUUCUAA